AUUUUUUAUAUAAUAAUGAAUCAAUUAAGAAACUAAAGAGGAACAGAAGUAGAUGAAGUAUACAUUGAUCCAGAAAGAGGAAUAGCUAUUAAUUCAAGAUAAAUGACAACAGAAUAACAUUUUAAAUAUUAUAAAUCAUCAUUUAGUACAAUUAGACCUGAUUUGACUGAAUUUGAAUAUGAAGCAUUUGCAAAAAGAUUAAGAAUUGGUAUAAUCAAAAUUUAUAGGUAGCUGAAUUAUUUUUAAAUCAUAUGAGAGUAUUUCUUAAUCAUGAAUCAGGAAGAGUAACUAAUCUUUAUUCUGUUGGUGCAAGACUUGAAAAAAUGUUGGUAAAUUUCUAUCUCAUUUUAGAACUAUUAAAAUCAAUAUUUUCAUCUUAGACCUCCUUUUAUUCUUGGACAUAGAGCAAAUUCAAAUAGAAAUUGGGCAGAUGCUUCUAAAGUUGUGAAUUAUCUUGAGAAACAAUUACUCAAAAUUACAAAAUAUGGUAAUUUUAAUUGUAUAUCUAUCUAUCAAGGAUUGGAUUAUCCAAAUUAUUAUGCUCCAAGAACAGAAAAGGAACUUUAAUAAAGAGAAGAUGAAAUUUAUUAACGUUUUAUUAAAGAAAUGAGAAAACCUCCAGUUGCUGCAGCUUAAUGAAUUAUUAGUAUAAAUCAUAUCAAG